AUGGCCAAGUCCAAGAACCACACCAACCACAACCAGAACAAGAAGGCUCACCGCAACGGUAUCAAGAAGCCCAAGACCAACAAGUACCCCUCGAUGAAGGGUGUCGACCCCAAGUUCCGCCGCAACGCUCGCUACGCUGCUCAGGGCACCCAGAAGGCGCUCGCUGCCGCGCGCAAGGAGGCUGCUUCGGCAUGA